CUGCAGAUUUGUGGUGAAGGAGCGUCCCCUGUCCGCCAGCGGCCGGCCUGUGUCCCGGGGAAACAGAGAGCAGCCGACGGCGCUUGGAACUGAGGCCUGAUUCAGGUUGUGAGGGGAGCAAGUAGAAGAUUGCAGACGUUCAGUGAAAUAUGAGCCUGCGGAUGUGACCAGGAAGUAACAUUCUGAGCCAUUCGAUUUUGCUGAGCGGCUGCAGGAAAAGGGCGGAAUGGCUUCGAAUGAGAUGCGAAAAGAGCUAGAAGAUUAUCUGAAAGGGCUGAACAUCGAGACAGUAUGUGAGGAGCACCCCGAGGUCUUUACAGUUGAGGCUAUGAUGCCAUAUGUGCAACACCUUGAGGGGGCGCACAGUAAGAACUUGUUCCUUAAGGACAAGAAGAAAAAAAGCUUGUGGUUGGUGACUGUCUUACACAAUAGACAAGUCAAUUUGAAUGACUUAGCAAAGAAGCUGGGUGUUGGAAGUGGAAAUCUACGCUUUGCAGAUGAAGGGACAAUGCUAGAAAAACUAAAAGUUGGUCAAGGUUGUGCGACACCGUUUGCUCUGUUUUGUGAUAAACAAGGGGAUAUAAAAUUUGUAUUGGAUUCAGACUUUGUAAAUGGAGAACAUAAAAGAAUCUAUUUUCACCCAAUGACUAAUUCAGCUACAAUGGGUAUAAAGCCUGCAGACUUCCUGCAUUUUGUAAAAGAAACAGGUCAUGAACCUACAAUACUAAACUUUGAUUAGAAUGUAAAAUAUAAAUAAAGUCAUACGAUCCUCAUUUU